GAGUGAAAUAGUACUCGUCGGAAUAUUUAGCGGAUAUACAAUAUAAAAUAUAUCAUAUUUAAUCAUGAUUCUCGAAACUCAAUAUUUUUAUUUCAUUCCGGAUGGUAUUAACAUCAUUUAAAACGCAUUUAAUAGCCAGUGGUUGUGUAAAUAAAAAUUUACUAACGAAUAGCCAUAAAUGAAGAGGGUAAUUUCAAAAUGGAAUUGCCGAAUUGACUUGAAUAAUUCUGCAGAAUGUAGUGUUUCAAAUUGAAGAACUCCUCCUUAGAUGGAACUAUAAUAAACACUAAUGUGGAGCAAAUUUAUAGAACUAUUUGCACUUACAAGAUCAAUCCAUUCUCAGGAAUUUGAGUUGGAAGUGAAUAAUCUGCAAAUCGAUGAAUCCCCAAAAUAAUAUUGACCUCUCCUUGCCCUCAAGUAUUGCCAUUUUGAAAAUGAAUGAUCUGCCGCAGCUGUCCUCUGUUGGUCUGCUUGAACUGGCUCAUCGAGAAUAUCAAGCAGGAGAUUACGAGAAUGCUGAGAGACAUUGUAUGCAGUUAUGGAGACAAGAUCAAACUAACACUGGAGUGCUUCUUUUGUUAUCAAGCAUACAUUUUCAGUGCAGAAGACUUGACAAGUCUGCUCAAUUCAGCACCUUAGCAAUUAAACAGAAUCCUCUCUUAGCAGAAGCCUACAGCAAUUUGGGAAAUGUUUUCAAGGAGAGAGGACAACUGCAAGAGGCACUAGAUAACUACAGACAUGCUGUAAGGCUAAAACCAGAUUUUAUUGAUGGUUACAUCAAUCUUGCAGCUGCGUUAGUGGCAGCUGGUGAUAUGGAGCAAGCUGUUCAAGCAUACAUAACAGCUUUACAGUAUAAUCCAGAUCUGUAUUGUGUCCGAAGUGAUUUGGGUAACCUUUUGAAAGCCCUUGGAAGAUUAGAUGAGGCAAAAGCUUGCUAUCUCAAAGCUAUCGAAACAAGACCUGAUUUUGCCGUAGCUUGGAGUAAUUUGGGAUGCGUCUUCAAUGCACAAAGUGAAAUCUGGCUUGCAAUCCAUCAUUUUGAGAAAGCUGUAGGUCUAGAUCCGAACUUCUUGGAUGCUUACAUAAACUUGGGAAAUGUUCUUAAAGAGGCGCGCAUUUUUGAUCGUGCUGUAGCUGCAUAUUUAAGAGCAUUGAAUUUGUCUCCUAACAAUGCUGUUGUUCAUGGGAAUCUUGCUUGUGUUUAUUACGAACAAGGUCUUAUCGAUUUAGCAAUAGAUACUUAUCGUCGAGCAAUAGAAUUGCAACCAAAUUUCCCUGAUGCAUAUUGUAAUCUAGCUAAUGCAUUGAAGGAAAAGGGUCAAGUUGCAGAGGCUGAAGAAUGUUACAAUACAGCUUUACGCCUUUGUUCAACCCAUGCGGAUUCUUUGAAUAAUCUGGCUAAUAUCAAGAGAGAACAAGGUUAUAUUGAAGAAGCGACACGUUUGUAUUUGAAAGCAUUGGAAGUAUUCCCUGAAUUUGCUGCAGCACAUAGUAAUUUAGCCUCAGUUUUGCAGCAACAGGGCAAGUUGAAUGAAGCUCUAAUGCAUUAUAAAGAAGCGAUUCGUAUUCAACCCACAUUUGCAGAUGCUUAUUCCAAUAUGGGUAAUACACUGAAAGAAAUGCAGGAUGUUUCUGGAGCAUUGCAGUGUUAUACUAGAGCAAUUCAAAUUAAUCCAGCCUUUGCUGAUGCUCACAGUAACUUAGCCAGCAUUCAUAAAGAUUCAGGAAAUAUACCAGAAGCAAUACAAUCUUACAGAACUGCUUUAAAAUUGAAACCAGAUUUUCCAGAUGCUUACUGCAACUUAGCUCACUGUUUACAGAUUGUCUGCGAUUGGACUGAUUAUGGAAUAAGAAUGAAGAAAUUAGUCAACAUUGUUGCAGAUCAAUUGGACAAGAACAGGCUACCUUCAGUUCACCCCCACCAUUCCAUGCUCUACCCCUUAUCACAUGAAUUCCGCAAAGCUAUAGCUGCAAGACAUGCAAAUUUAUGUUUGGAAAAAAUUCAUGUUUUGCACAAACAUCCGUACAAAUUUUCCAUUGAAAGUGGACUAAGGCUUAGAAUUGGAUAUGUAAGCAGUGAUUUCGGCAAUCAUCCUACAUCUCACUUGAUGCAGUCAGUUCCUGGUCUUCAUGAUAGGUCCAAAGUUGAAAUAUUCUGUUACGCUUUGAGCACAGACGAUGGAACAACUUUCAGAAGUAAGAUUUCAAGAGAGGCAGACCAUUUUAUUGAUUUAUCUCAUAUUCCUUGUAAUGGUAAAGCUGCUGAUAGAAUUUAUCAAGAUGGCAUACAAAUUUUAGUAAAUAUGAAUGGAUAUACUAAAGGGGCAAGAAAUGAGAUAUUUGCACUACGACCGGCCCCUGUUCAAGUUAUGUGGUUGGGAUAUCCUGGAACAAGUGGAGCAAGUUUUAUGGAUUACUUAAUAACAGAUGCAGUCACUUCUCCAGUCGAAUUGGCUAGUCAAUACAGUGAAAAAUUAGCUUAUAUGCCCUACACAUAUUUCGUAGGAGAUCAUAGGCAAAUGUUUCCACAUCUCAAAGAACGACUUAUAUUGAGUGAUAGAAGUAACAACAACUUGGCUGAUAACGUGGCCAUAAUUAAUGCAACUGAUUUAUCACCACUAGUAGAAAAUACUGAUGUUAUUGAGAUAAAAGAAGUGGUGAGAGCUGCAAAACCUGUAGAAAUUAGCCUGAAAGUUGCUGAAUUACCUACUACAACACCAAUUGAAAAUAUGAUAGCCUCAGGACAAGUCCAGACCUCUCUGAAUGGGGUAGUGGUACAAAAUGGAUUAGCUACUACACAGACAAAUAAUAAGGCUGCAACUGGGGAAGAAGUACCUCAAAGCAUUGUAAUAACAACUAGACAACAAUAUGGAUUACCUGAUGACGCCAUUGUUUACUGCAAUUUCAAUCAGCUCUAUAAAAUAGAUCCUUCUACACUAAAAAUGUGGGUUAAUAUCCUAAAAGCAGUUCCUAAUGCUGUCCUCUGGUUAUUGAGGUUCCCCGCAGUGGGGGAGCCUAAUCUGCAAGCAACUGCACAACAACUUGGUCUACCUCCAGGAAAAAUAAUUUUCAGUAAUGUCGCUGCCAAAGAAGAACAUGUUAGACGAGGUCAAUUGGCUGAUGUUUGUUUGGACACUCCAUUAUGCAAUGGCCAUACUACGAGUAUGGAUGUAUUAUGGACAGGAACACCAGUAGUCACAUUGCCAGGAGAAACUCUAGCUUCAAGAGUAGCAGCAAGUCAGUUAGGAACAUUGGGAUGUCCUGAAUUAAUAGCAAAAUCAGAAAUGGAUUAUCAAGAUAUCGCUAUAAAGUUGGGAACUGAUAAGGAGUAUUUGAAAGCGAUGAGGCAUAAAGUAUGGGCAGCAAGGACAACAUCCCCAUUGUUUGAUUGUAAAAUUUACGCACAAGGCUUAGAACUACUCUAUUCUAGAAUGUGGCAGCGCUUUGCUGCUGGCCUCAAACCUGAUCAUAUUACUGAUACAACUGUGGAGAAUUAGAUAAUUUCCAGAUAUUUAUUUAAUGUAGAUAUGUAUUUUUCUCAGUGAUAUAUUUACUAUAAGUAAUAACUGAAGAGACAUUUGAAUGACAUUUCGUGAACUUGUAGUGUAAUUACUGGCAUUAAUUUAAAAGUGACAUAAUUUACUAUUUUGUGCAACAAUCGUGAAGAAUUAUGGUAAUUUACAAAUGAAGAAUGAUUGAUAAUCUCUAUUUAUGAAAAACUGAUGAUUUGUAAUUUUUGGAAGUGUUGGAAUGCAUUCAGAAUGACGUAAAAUUUUGAAUUAUAUAGAGAAGUUUCUCAUGUUGAAUCACUUUUCUUUAAGAAAUAUUAUUGGGUUAGUUUUCUUAUAAUAGAAAUCUUAGUUAUAGGACUUGAACUGAUAUUGAAUCACGUUAGCCAAAUCUGAUUUUAAAUUAUUACUCCCCACUAAAAACCAAUUUUAAGUUAUUAUAUUUCAAGUCAAAUAAAAGUUGAACAAUAA